ACAAACUAUGUGACACGCUAGCCAAGUUGCACUGUUCAGUCCAAGCAAGAACCCCAGAUGGCACAGAAAAAAGCUGCUGGCGCCUCAAGAGCUGCCAGGCGAAGACGGUGGUGGAACCUGAGACAGAGAUGGCGGAUGCUGGGGGUGUUUGAAAUCAACCCAGAGCAUGAAUUCUACCAGCUGACAUCCAUGAUCAAAGAAGGCAUGCAUGCUUCCCUUCAGACCCCAGUGGAAUUACCAGGCCAGAAUGCACUCACAACGGAACAUUUUGAGGCAGAAGAAACUCAAGCCCAUGAGGGGUUUGUGAUGCAAACAUUUGCAGCACCAGUGUUUGCCAAACUAAGAGGUUCACUGAACCUCACAGAGGAGGAAUACAUGAAGUCCCUCUGCUCAGAGGGCUGUUAUCUCCAGUUUGUCAGCAACUCCAAGAGCAAGGCAGAUUUCUUUGUCACGAAUGACAAGAGGUUUUUCCUAAAGACCCAGAGCAGGCGCGAGGUCCGGUUUCUGCUGUCCAAUCUGCAGGCAUACAUGGAUCACUUGGAGAAAUACCCUCAUUCAUUGUUAGUGAGGUUUCUAGGUAUCCACAGGAUCGUUAUUCCGACUCAAAUGAAGAAGUACUUCAUUGUGAUGCAAAGUGUGUUUUACCCUGAUGAAAGGAUCAACAUUAGAUACGACAUCAAAGGCUGUGAGGUGGGCAGGUGGACUAACCCUGACAAAGGAGGGAAACAAACAAUAAAAGUACUGAAGGAUAAUAACUUUGAAGGGCAGUGCAUUGAAUUAGGUCAAGAGAAAUCCUGGUUUGCCAAUCAAGUGAAAGUGGAUGCUGCCUUUCUUCGAGAGCUUAAUGUGCUGGACUACAGUCUCCUGCUGGCUCGUCAACCUCUGCAUCAAGAUGAACUUGAAGGGAAACACUCAUUAGCAAACCUUGUUAUUCGCACCACAAAGUCUGUGGACUUGGAUGAACACCCUACGGAGUCAGACCCCUCCAAAAUUCGUUUACUGAAAGAUACCUCAGGCAAGGCAACGUUGGAUGCUACAGAGUGUGGGUCAGGUCAGCUGCAGGCAGCAGCUGAAGCCACAGAUGAAGGGAUCACCCUUCAGGAGACAACCUGCCCUGCCAGAGACACCAGCACUGACUUAGAACUGCAGGAAUUCCACGAGCAUCAUCGCAGGUUACUGCCCAACUUCCAAAAUGCAGUUCAUGUGAUAGAUGGGCCACACUGCCGCUACUUUGUGGGUAUUAUAGACAUUUUCACUGUCUAUGGAAUAAAGAAAAGACUUGAGAACCUGUGGAAAACCCUCCACUACCCGGGCAGGGCUUUUUCCACAGUCAGCCCCACCAAGUACUCACAAAGGUUUUGCCAGUGGAUACAGGAGCAUGCUCAGUGACAAAUGCAGAAAGCAUUCCUUACAGAUAGAUACACUUGCUGUUCUAACCUCCAGAGUGUACUGAAUGGACUUCUGUCCCAUUUUGUCUUCAUCACAGCAGCUGGAGACAGUCUGCUGUUUAUGCAGCAGGCGUCUCUGAAGCAAAAAGCUUACUUUAAAUAUAUGCAAAUACAUAUACUUCUUUACCUAUUCCUAUGUUACAUUUUUUCCUUUUACUAAUAUUCUCUGCACGAUUAAAAAAAUUAGAUACAUUUGCAAAAGUUACAGACCCAUCUCACUGUUGGGCUUCGAUGAGAAGAUCCUGUCUAAGCUCUUAUCUAACAGACUCAGCAAAGUUAUCACCACCAUAAUCCGCCCUGACCAGGUGGGGUUCAUCCCUAAACGUAGCUUCGUCAAUAACAUCAGACGAUUAAUUGAUAUCAUGUGGGCCACCCAUUAUAGUUGUUCCCCUGCUGCUGCCAUCUCCUUAGAUGCAGAAAAGGCCUUUGACAGGGUUGAGUGGCUUUAUUUAUUUACCACCCUGGAGGCAUUCGGCUUUACUAAUACAUUUAUCAAAUGGAUAAAACUUUUGUACACCCACCCCAGGGCUGCAGUGUUAACUAAUGGCCUGGUCUCGCCCUGGUUCGAACUGGGUAGGGGGACCAGACAGGGUGAUGGAAUCUCCCCAGGGCUUUUUGCUCUGGCUUUGGAACCUCUGGCAACAGCUAUCCAAUUAGACCCCUUGAUUUCAGAUGUAAAAAUUGGCCAAUCUACCCACAAGCUUUCCUUAUAUGCUGACGAUAUCCUUGUUUUUGUCUCUGAACCAGAAUGCUCUCUUCCUGCAUUACUGAAACUAAUAGAUACAUUCUCUCACCUGUCAGGCUACAAAGUUCACUGGUCAAAAUCAGAAGCUCUCCCUUUAACAUCUGACUGCCCGAGGAAUAUCUUCCUGAAGGGAAAUUUUUCCUGGCCUAGCCAUGGUAUUAAAUACCUGGGUAUCACCAUCUCCCCUAGACUAGCGGACUUAGCUAAAGUCAACAUGGACCCCCCCUGCUAAGCCAACUCAAAGCAGAUAUUGAUAGAUCCCUUUAUUCCUAUCAUUAUGGGAGAAAGCUAAUGUUCUGAAGAUGACUUGUGUACCCAAGAUUAAUAACCUUCUCCAGGCGCUCCCAAUCAGAAUCCCUCUAAAGUAUUUUAAGCAACUAGAUAUGCUUUUUAAUAGAUUCCUCUGGAAUAAUAAGCGUCCUAGACUUAACGUAUCAAAAUUACAAAAACCUAUUGAAGAGGGAGGUUUGGGCAUUCCAAAUUUACUAUUGUACUAUUAUGCUUUUAGCCUCCGACACCUUGCUCACUGGUGCCUCCCCCCAGAACGUGCCCUUCCCUGGUUUCACACUGAAAAGGACCUUUGUCAUCCACUGCCCCCCAUCCACCUUGCUACAGCUGCACUGCCUGGAGAGGCCCAGACCCACCCUAUCCUUCCAAAUAUGCAAUGGAUCUGGAAAAGAAUCUCAAUCAUACUUGAAUCUAAUCCCAACUUGAAUCUGUCUGCAAGUAUCUGGUUGAAUCCCAAACUAAAAAUAGGAAAUAAGCCAUUUCUGUGGAAGCAAUGGGUGGAAAAAAGUAUUCUGGUGCUAGGAGAUCUAUAUGAUGGAGGCAUACUGAAAUCAUUUACAGCACUAGUACAACAGUUCGGCCUCCAUCAACAGCAGUUCUGGCGAUACCUUCAAAUAAGACAUUUCCUGUCUCAAACCUUUGGUUCCAUUUCAAUAGCCCCGGCCUCUGCUUCUGCCUCUAAAAGCCCUCCCAUCAGCACAGGCAGAGUGGGUGCAAACAUCCCUCAUGCUGGGAAGGAAGCUCAUACUUUCAGAAUGGAAGAUGACAACACUACCACCAGUUAGGGUGUGGUUCUCACAGAUGGGCAUAGUGGCAGCUCAUGAAGGUCUCUCUUUUAGAUUAAUUAACCAGAUUGAGAAAUACCAUGCUAAGUGGGGUAACUACAUCUCAUUCAUCAGAGGACCCUGACAUUUGGGUAGUCCUGAUAAUGGACUACUCCUAGUGGAGCAAUUGCUUUUAUUUUCAUUUUUCAUACCAUCUGCCAAUUCUGCUACAUUGUAUGUUGUUUUUUCCUUUUUAAAAAUCUUGGCGCAUGUAAAAUGGUAGACAUAUACGUGCGUGUGCAUACAUGUGUGUAGUGUGCAUGCACAGGUGUGUAUGUAUUUCAAAAUCUCUAAUGCCAUUUGAUUUUUGGUUUUGAUUGUUUUGAUGUAUCGUUCGUUAUUGUUAUUGUUAUUGUUUGAGGUUGUUAAUAAUAAUAGUGACAUAGACAAAAUUCUGUGACAUAUACACUGCAUAUAAACGAUGGACAUAAAGACUAUAUUAUCACCUA